GCAAACCCGCUAUUUCGGAAAAUACAAACCAUAAAGGGGGUUGGCCUCAUAACACAGGAACUCGAGUCAGGAUGGAUGAGGCGGAGAAGUACCAGCAGAGGCUGCAGGCCAUCGCAGAGAAGAGGCGUCUCCAGGAAGAACAGGAACGAAUGAAGAGAGAGGUGGAGGACGAGAGGCUAAAGCUCCAACAGCUCAAGAGGAAGUCUCUGAGGGACCAGUGGUUGAUGGACACCCUUCCCUCCACCACGGAUGGCCCUGAGACCGACUCCCCUCUCCAGGGGCCACAGACCCAGGGAGAUGCGCCGCAGACAGGGGGUCCACGGUUAGCUGAAGAGGAGCUGAAAGAUUUGGCGGACGGAUGCAGCCAGACGCACACAGACGAGCACACACAGGGAGUGGAGACACCAGGAGGCCAUACCAAGCACCUGCAGGAAGGCUGGACACCAGAAGGUGUUGGAGGCCUGAGGACAGACCACCACACUCAGACGGCCUCCUUCAACAACGGACAAGAAGUGAGAUCAGUUCUGGGGGUCGUGGAGCUGCAGGUGGAGAGGGAUCUGAAGACAGGGGCCACGGUGAUCCUGUCUGUGGCCCCAGUGGCCCCUAAUCUGGCUGGGGCAGCGGGGGAGACGGUGUUUGACGACGGGCGCAGGAGCGUGCAGGCGGUGGGGGACACGGGGGCCCCGCCCGGCCCGGAGGAGCUGGGACAGAUCCUGGACGUCCUGACGGGGGCGGGGCUGCAGGCGCUGCUGGGAGACACCAAAAAGGGGGAGAGGUCAGAGGAGAGGGACAAUCAGGAAGCGAGGAGGGAGGAGGAAGAGGAGGUGCAGCAGGAGGUGCAACACACCUGUGCGGAGGAGAACGGGUUCGAGGUGGACACCGAUGUUGGCAGUGCAAGUACCCACAAUGCACUGCAGCAGGAAGUCACAGCCAGUCCCAGCGCCUCCCAGGAGAGGAGGGAGAGUCCCCAGGUGGGAGGGGCUGGUAAGGGGGGCAGGCACACAGAGGCUGAGGGGUGGGGGGGGCCCGUUACCAUGACGUUCCUGGGGUUUGCGGAGGUGGGGCCAGAGGAGGAGGGUGAGGUCAUACGUGCUGAGCGCGUGAUCAUAACGGAGGAGGGGGAUGAGCCACCACCAGGGGGCGCCGAAAAUCCAUCUGUCCCGCCCGCCCCCAUCGCCAACCCUACAGAGGAGUCCAGUACCAUCCCAGGCUGUGAAGCCAGCACCACACCCCAUUCAGAGCCCUGUCCUGUACAGGGGGAGGACACGCCCACUGCUGAGGGAGGGGCGGAGACUCUGGAGCCGACACCCUUCCGACAGAGCCAGGGCACGGAGGAGCAGCCUCCGGAAGAUUCCACGCUCAGGAACACGGGCGAGCCCUCCCAGCUCCCCCCGGGCACCAUGGCAACGGCUCCACCCCCGGGCAUCGCCCAGGAGGAGGGCGGGGCAGAAGCGGAGGCUCAGGACAUCUCAUUGGGCGGGACAGCCCAGGAGGAGGGGAGGGGCGUGUCCGAGCCGCAGGCCUCUAAACGUGUGGCAGGACAGCAGAUUCCCGCCACGCCUGCUGAACUCCAGCCCCUGGUGUCCGUCACGAAAGAGGCCCCCCUACCCAGCCCGGACGAGGGAGGGGACCCCCCCAAACACAAGUCCUGCCAGUGCUGCUCGGUCAUGUGACCGCCUGCCCAGCACAGACUCUCUCUCCCUCAGGCUUUUUCCCCUUUGAAAAGUCGAGCGGCACAAUCUGCUGCUUUAAGAAAAUCUGCAAUUCCUCCACCUUCAUCAGUCAUAAUCUCCUCUUCUCACUCCUUUUCUGUCUUCUCCCUCCAUCUCUCCUUCACUUUCUAACUCUGUCACCUCUAUUCUUGUCCUGCGUUAUUCUGUAACCACUGUAGUUCCAUGCUCUCUCCCUCCCCCAAUACAUUACAUUACAGCUAUUUAACUGACGCUUUUAUCUGAAGCAGCUUACAGUUGAUUAGACUAAGCCGGGGCCAAUCUGCGACCUCACAGAAAUCUGCCGGUGCCUGACACCCGUUGCGGAUGCUAAAAAGUGUCGGCUUGACGUCAAAAGUGUCUAAUUUGCAUCAUUUGCUUGCACAACACUUUGUUGCCAAAGCAUAAAUGAGCCUAGCAUAAGGGUUUCAGGAUCAGUGCUCAUGUCUCGUGGGCACUGGCCCUGGAGGCAGGGGUGUAAGUGGAUAACAAUGUAAGUCACUUUGGAUGAAACUGUCUGCUGAAUGACCAAACUGCAGUAAUUAUGCUACGAAGGAACAGCUCAGCAGAUCACAAACAUUCACCGCCUGGUCCUGCUGUGCUCCUGUUUAUACUUUUUAUAUAGCAAUUUUAUACUUUCAAGACAAAAUUGUAUUUUUGUCAUUCCUAAAAACCACAGAACCAACAAAUAAAAAAAGACCUGUUUUUCCUUCUUUUAAAUGUAAAAGCAUUUUAAAAUCAGCACACACAGCAGGCCUGGGCUGUGAUGAAUAGGAACUCCUCUGCUUUUCUCCAGGAUGUGCUCAACAGGAACUCCUGCAUGAAACAUCAGCCCUGUGGUUGUCACAGUGACAGAAUAAAACAUCUUCACUGCUGACCAUUUUAAGUGCAAGACUGUUACAAAGCCAGUGUUGCAAGGCAUCGACCAAUCACCUCGCUCCACUUGCUGUACGCAAUGAGGAAUCGCUGGCUGCUUCGUCGCUGCCAGGACAUUAAAGGCGUUUGUUUUUGUUUUUUCCUUCCGACUAGUUUUUUUUAUUUUCUCUGAAGUUGAAAUAGCUUUUUUGGUUGUAUCUUCUCUCUGGUGAAAAAACAUUUGUUUUUUUGAUGUUUUUGCACACAGUUACUCAAAUCUUGGGGAGACCUGAGUUUUUUCGAUUUUAAAGGUAUGAAUUAUUGUAACUUUCUCUUGUAUUAAUCUAGCUGGCUUUUGCCAAUCCCUAGAAUAACAGUAUUUCACUUUUUAAUAUAUAGCCUUCGAGUUACAGUAUGCAUAUAUUCUUUUUCUGUAAGCUUUUACAUUUUUUUUCCUCCACCGAAAGGAUUCAAUAAAAAAUCUGAUUUAAAAAUAUAUUUUAUACCCAAAUGUAUAUAUCAGUCAUUGGGAAGGUUACUGUACAGAAUUGAGGUUUUCUGAUUUUGUGAUUAAACGGGUGUAUGCUGAAUGUCAGUGUGCAUGUUCUGUGUAAUGAGGCCUCAGGCUCAAGCUCAGCAAUAGCAGUUGUUCGGUAGCCAUAUUUUAUUCGCCUAUAUUAAUUACACACGGAGCAAACCAAUGUCCACUUCACAGAUAAUGCUGUUCAAUUGUUGUUGAAAAUCAAUGGUUGACCAUAGUAAUAUAUAAUAUUCUCAUUAGCACGGCCAUAGCUUGGUCCCAUCAGCGUAUCAUUUGCUUACUCAAGGAAAUAAAAUGGCAAAAGUUGGCUCACUUCUCACAGUUAAAAGGGACAUUCACCCUUAUUGAUUUGCUCUUGAUAUUUUUUUUUAUAUGUCUAUUCUGACUAUGUAAGGCUAAGUGAUUGAUAUUGAUAAUUUAUAUUAUAGAGCUCUAUUCAUCUGAACAAGGAUUCAUGUUUCAACAAAGGAAGAGUCAUUCAAUAAAAACUAUUUUAUUAGAAA